AUGGGCCUGCUCAAUAUCUUGAAGAAGAUGAAGAAGGAUGAGAAAGAGGCGCGCAUCCUCAUGCUUGGUCUGGACAACGCCGGCAAGACAACCAUCCUGAAGACACUGUCACAAGAAGACAUCAGCCAUAUCAUGCCCACCCAGGGCUUCAACAUCAAGAGCCUGGUGCAGGAGGGUUUCAAGCUGAAUGUUUGGGAUAUUGGUGGCCAGAAGACCAUUCGCCCGUACUGGAGCAACUACUUUGAGUCCUCGGAUGCGCUGGUCUAUGUGAUUGACAGUUCAGACCGGAGACGGCUUGAGGAGAGUGGACAGGAACUUCGCGAACUUCUUGCUGAAGACAAGCUUGGAGGAAUUCCGCUGCUGGUGUUUGCCAAUAAGCAGGACCUUCUUCAGGCCACUCCAGCUGAUGAGAUCGCAGCAGCACUUGAUCUGGCCAGCAUCUCUGACCGCACUUGGACCAUCCAGGCCUGCAGUGCCAAGGACGGCACAGGACUGGAAGAUGGCAUGCAAUGGCUAAUCGGCGUCAUCAACGAGAAGGCCUGA